AAAAAAAUUGUUGGCACCGCUCUUAUUGUUCCAACUUUGGAGGUGUGGUUUUUUAGUGUCAUGUGGGGAAAGUAGUCUAACUUUUGCAAUUGAAGCGAUCGGAGUUGCGAUUAUUUUAGCCACAAUCAUAACAUUCAUCGGUACGUCUUUGUCAGGAAUAUGCCAUAUGGUGCUUCAGGACGGUGUCCCAGAUGCGGGAAGAAUGUCUAUGUUGCUGAGGAAAUUAUUGGAGCUGGAGCUAAGUGGCACAAGUCCUGCUUCAGUUGCAAAACUUGUAACAAGAAACUGGAUUCCAAUACAGUGAGAGACAAAGAUGGAGAGAUUUACUGCAAAAGUUGCUACGGUCAGCAGUUUGGUCCCAAAGGUUAUGGCUAUGGAAGCUCUGCAGGAGGCGCAUUAACAAACACUAAUAAGUAAUGAUCUGAAUCAGACGUAUCUGGUACCAGAUGAUAUUUUCUGAAAAAGGUGAUGUAAUAUAGAUUCAAUCAAACGGCAACCUUGGACAUUAAUGAUUUUAUAUUUAAGUCAAGUAAACAUAAAAACUCAAAGAAUCAGACAAUUUUUUUAGGUGUUUUAUUAAAAACAAACGUCAAUGAGAAUAAUCACAGAGCAUCAAAGCAUUGGAAAGUGUUUUAUCUAAAUGAGGUGUUUUACUACAAAUAUACAACUUAACAAGUUUCACUGUCAGGCCCGUAGUUGGGAUUUGCCAAGGGCGGUUAACUUUUUAAAAAAUUCCAGGUGGGUUCAUUUUUGAAUACCUUGGACCAAAAGUGGC